CAUGGAAUUGAUAAAAGUUGCGAGUGAUCAGCUUAAUGCUAUAUCUCCUGGUGGUGUUUGCGUCGCAGACGAAUAUGUUGGAGUAUUUACCCACGAAUGUACUGUUACCUCUUUCAAGCCUGGUAUUGACUACUGUUGCUGUCAGCAUCAGGGCAGGGCUAUGUGCUGUCUUUAUCAUCAGAAUUGGAACAGAUUUCGCUGUAAUCAGGAAGAUGAUACAAUUGACACUUUUCCCUGGAAGCUAAACGAGAAUAGCGGUUCAGAUGGCAUGUCUGCAUUAUCAUUACCCCUUCUAAUAACACUACCAAUUGUCAUCGUCCUUAUAAUAGCCAUCGCAUUCCUAGCCUAUUUCUGGAAAAGGAGAAAGGCGAAUCAUGAAUCAAGAAAGGAUGGCGAUGGAUUGUGUUCUUACAAGUGUUGUUCUCCAGAUCACGAUUCAGACGAUGAGGACAAAGAGCGGGCCGUCGAGAUAACGCAUCAGAAAUCAACGUCUUCUCCGGUCGUCGAUAGGCACUUUUCGGGAGCUGUUGGUCUAUUAGGCUUCCCUCUACAUACUACCGAAAAAUAUCCGGGACCGCCUCCUGAUAGAGAGGAAACAACAGGCUUGCUGCCUUCAGCUCCACCUCUUCCAGCCGAAUUAGAUUCCUACGCCGUAUGCGAUCCAAAAGGUGAAAGAUGUUCAGUCGUAUCGGCCGGCGAAAAUGGAUCCGAAGUAAAUUACAACCCUCAAUCAUUUCGCGGACUUUUACCUCCACCUCUCUAUGAACAUCAUCAUCAUCAUAGGCCCGCUCCAGACUGUUAA